AGGGACAUUCGGGGUUUCCUGUGCAUCCUUCAGGCUAGAAGUAAGAUCUCAACAACUUCGAGAUGGCGAAGGCCUCGGGGGGGACGGGAAACUAUGAUUACCUGGUGAAGCUGCUGCUGAUUGGCGACUCUGGAGUGGGAAAGAGUUGUUUGUUGCUGCGAUUCUCCGAUGAUUCAUUCACCACGAGCUUCAUCACGACGAUUGGUAUUGACUUCAAGAUCCGCACCAUAGAACAAGAAGGAAAGCGAUUGAAACUGCAGAUAUGGGAUACCGCUGGUCAAGAACGGUUUCGAACCAUUACUACAGCCUACUACCGUGGAGCGAUGGGUAUCCUGUUGGUUUACGACGUCACUGAUGAGCAAUCGUUCAACAACAUUCGUAACUGGAUGAGACAAAUUCAGCAACACGCGUCGGAUAAUGUGAACAAGAUUCUUAUUGGAAAUAAGUGCGACAUGCUUGACAAGAAGGUCAUUGAGACCGCGAGAGGUCAGGCGCUGGCGGAUGAGUUUGGCAUCAAGUUCUUCGAAACAAGUGCAAAGAACAACAUUAAUGUCGAAAAGGCGUUCACGGAGAUUGCACGAGAUGUUAUGGUUCGACUGAGAGAACAAGAAGCGAAGGAUGGUGGGAAGAAGGGUGGAGACACACUGGACUUAGCUAGUGGCGGGAAGCAAGGCAAGAAGGGUUGCUGUUAGCUGUUAACAAGCAUCCACUUGUCUUGUAUUGGAUUCUUGAUGAUUGGCGGCAAGGACAACGAUCGUGAUAUGUUAUCUUUAUGCGAAGUUUAAUCUUCUCCUCUAAGUCAUAAACGUGGCAACUUUG